CAGACCGUGGCUGGGCUUGCUGGUGUCUGCACCAUGAGAAACGGAUAUCUAAGGUUGCCAGCAGAGCUCUCUGUGCUGCUGCUGUUGCCUUUGGUUGCUGCAGCCCUGAAGGAUAGAGCUUGUAUUCGCUGGUGCCCCCCAAACCCUCCAUGUGUCAAUGCCAAUGCCUGUCUCUGCGCUCCAGGAUUCAGUGCUGCAUCUGAGAAGAUCUUCACGGGCCACUUGGAGAGUUGUGAUGACAUCCAGGAGUGUGGACCAGACUCGACAGUGUCCUGUGGGAUAUAUUUAGAUUGCCAGGACUUCAUGGAGAGCUUCUGCAGGUGCAACCCUGACUACAGACCUGUUUCUGAGGCAAUGUUCAACAUUGAUCCUAACAAACCGUGUGACAUUCCAGGACUCUUUCUUGAGUUGAUAUUGACAUUGGAGGCUGCAAAAGAAAACCUUAAAGCCUCUGUCCCUGAAGACUGUGCUUGGUGGUGCCCUCUGAACUCCACAUGUGUCAAUGCCACAGCCUGUCACUGUGCCCAGGGAUUUAGUUCUUCGUCUGGGAAGAUCACCACCAGCCCCUCCGAGAGAUGUGAUGACAUCAAUGAAUGUGAACCACCCCAGACAGUGUCCUGUGGAAAAUUCGCAGACUGCCAGAAUACGGAGGGGAGCUACUACUGCACAUGCAACCCGGGAUACACGCUUGUUUCUGGGGCAAAAAGGUUCAGAAAUGAGAGUGAGAACACGUGUCAAGCACAAUCCCCGCCCUCUUCACCCUCAUCAGUGACUGCCAGGAGGAGACCUGCCACGACCAGAGCCUCCAUGCGCUCCAACACUCCAGUUCACCAUCUGAGGACAACUAAGAGGACGAGCACCCAGAAGAAUGUUGUAUCCGGUCUGAACAGGAUGACAUGGACCCACACACACACACACAAACCUGCAAGAAUCUCCUUCUCCAGAUGGACCUCACCCCCUAGAAUCAAGAGCAAGAGGCUCUCCGGCUUCUAUGAAAGAGUCCACGAUCUGGGCAGAGACAUCGUGUCUUCCUCGGCCCAGGACACCAUCCAGGGCGUCAUACAGGUGGUGGAUGAUCUACUGGAGAGCCCCGGAGACCUGGUGACCCUGCCCCGCUCAGAGCAGCACUGUGUGGCCACCAGCCUGCUGGUUGGCCAGGAGCAGGUCCUGAGAUCGCUGAGCAAGGCCCUGCCGGGUGGGCCAUUGACCUUUAAUACAGCUGGAGGCACAGAGCUGUCCCUGAAGGUGAAGGAGCAAGGACACAGGGAUGUCACCUUGAGUGUUAAUCAGGCAAAGAUGCUGCUAAACUGGGACACAGUAGAGGAAUCUGGUGACUCAGGCCCUUCUGUCGUGGGCCUUGUCUCCACCCCGGGGAUGGGCAAGUUGCUGGCUGAGGCCCCGCUGGUCCUGGACACUGAGAAGCAGGCAGUUCUGCAGGAGACACACAAGGACUUGCGGCCGGGAGUCUCCCCCGUCCUGCUCUCAGAUGUCGUCUCAGCCUUUCUGAGCAAUAAUAACACCCAGAACCUCAGCUCCCCAGUCACCUUCAUCUUCCAACAUUCAGUGACCCCUGGACCAAGGGAGGAGGUAUUCUGUGUCUUCUGGGAACAUGGCCAGAACGGAAGUGGUUAUUGGUCGACCAAAGGCUGCUGGAUCGUGGGCACCAGAGACGCCAGCACCACUUGUCAAUGCACCCACCUCAGCAGCUUUGCCGUCCUCAUGGCCCCGUAUGAUUUGCAGGAGGAGGAUCCCGCCCUGGCUGUGAUCACCUACCUGGGGCUGAGCCUGUCUCUGCUGUGCCUCCUCCUGGCGGCCCUCACCUUCCUGCUGUGCAAAGCCAUCCAGAACACCAGCACCUCGCUCCACCUGCAGCUCUCGCUCUGCCUCUUCCUGGCCCACCUGCUCUUCCUCACGGCCAUCGACAGAACUGAGCCCAAGGUGCUGUGCGCCAUCAUCGCGGGUGCCUUACACUACCUCUACCUGGCGUCCUUCACCUGGAUGCUGCUGGAGGGCCUGCACCUCUUCCUCACUGCACGCAACCUGACGGUGGUCAACUACUCCAGCGUGAGCAGGUUCAUGAAGAAGUUCGUGUUCCCUGUGGGCUACGGAGUCCCGGCUGUGAUCGUGGCCAUUUCCGCAGCGUCCGGGCCUCACCUUUAUGGGACACCCACCCGCUGCUGGCUCCACUCAAAAACAGGAUUUAUAUGGGCUUUCCUUGGACCAGUCUGUGCCAUCUUCUCUGUCAAUCUAGCUUUCUGUUUAAUGACCCUCUGGAUUUUGAAGAGCAAACUGUCUUCCCUCAACAAUGAUGUGUCCACCUUCCAGAAUACAAGGAUGCUGACAUUUAAAGCGACAGCUCAGCUCUUCAUCUUGGGCUGCACCUGGUGUCUGGGCAUCCUGCAGGUGGGCCCAGCUGCCCGCGCCAUGGCCUACCUCUUCACCAUCAUCAACAGCCUGCAGGGCGUCUUCAUCUUCCUGGUGUACUGUGUCCUCAGCCAGCAGGUCCGGGAGCAAUACAGGAAAUGGUUGAAAGCGGUCAAGAAAACCAAAGCCGAGUCUGAGAAGUACACCCUUUCCAGCAGGGCCACAUCUGAAACCUUCAAAGAUAGUGUGGUUAAUUAAGAAGAGCUUUUGAACUAUAUCCUCUUAUCCCAUGGAAAAUCUGUGAGCCACUAAGAAAGGACAAAAAGACUCUGUUGUGUGUGUUUCAAGAAAUUCAUCAUGUCAGCAAUAUGGAAGAAGUCAUGGUGGACAUGCUUAACCCUCAAUUCCUACAAAAUCUGGAAAACUCAAAAUAUAAAAGGCCAGUGGUGGCCCAAUUCCUUGGUCACUUCAGGUUAAGUUCAUUUCUGAAGCCUUUUCUUCCUACAAAGACUAUUCCAGAUGCUAAAAGUCUAUGAGCAAAAAAAAAAACAGCCUCAAAGGAUUUUCUUAUCGACAACAGCCAGAAGAACGUGGAUGGAUGUUCACACCACAGUCUGGAUUUCUUAAUUUCUUUGUUCAGUAUUUCUAUGGGUUUAAUUGUUCACUCAUUCAAAAAUAUUAAUUACUCACCAUGUCUAAGGUAGAGAUCAAGAAAGACACAGGUCCUGUCUUCAUGGAGCUUUCAGAGGGAAAUACGAGUAAAGUAAUUUUUGCAGCGAGAGUUGACUCAGAGGCUAAACGGUCCCUAUACAAAGCUGAGCAAUUGCCGUAUAAACCAUUGCACAGACACCAUCUUUCAUCCUCACACCAAUGUGCAGAUAUUUUGUAAACUCAAAUUAUGAUUGAUAGAUAGAUAGAUAGAUAGAUAGAUAGAUAGAUAGAUAGAUAGAUUUUAGGCUUUGUGGGUCAGUAUAUUGGUGUAUUAAGGUUCUCUAGAUAAAUAUAAUUAAUCUAUUUCUACUGGUUAUGUAAUAUAAUCCUGGGAGGUUUUUUGUUUUGUUUUUUUAGCUAAGGAAAAGGGUUCACACUCAUUUAAAAUUUUUUAAAUUUUUCUUCUCAUCUCAUGUAAUGAUCCUAUUUAGUUCUAAUAAUUCUGAUUUUCGAAGGACAAUCCUGGCUUAUUCUUGCUAUACUGAAAAAAUUAUUAAUAGUGGCCGCUCUCACUCUUGAACAUGUCCUUUGGAAAUCAAAUCAUGUGGUGACCCAUCAAAUAACACGUUUUUUACUUAAAAUUAUCUUAUUUUUUUCAGAUAUUAAUGUUGGUAUAGCAGCUUUACUUUGCUAUAAUCUUUUUCCUUUUGAAUUUUUAAUAUUUCUUCACCCUUGUUUCAGGAAAUUCUCAUACAGCUGAAUUUUCGUCUGAUAUUUUCUUCCACUUAUUCUCAAAAUGUCUGUCUUUACUAGUGAGUUUAGUCCAUUUUCACUAGUGGUUACUAAUAUGUUUGGAUGUGUUUUUAGCAUCUUUUUUUCUUUUUUUUGCUCCCUGUCCUACAUUUGCUCUGUUUAUUUUUAAUUUUCCUUUGGACAUAUCAAGAGUGUGUAAGUUCCUUUUUUUAAAAGAAAGUUACACAUUCUAUUUCUGCCCUUUUAGUAGUUACCCUUCAAUGUUUUAAAACAUUGCUAUGUAAUUUACAAAGCCAAAGUUAAUCACUAUGACAACCUAUCCCCUAAACAAUACAAAGAUCUUAGAAUAUCUUAACUUGAAUCCCCUCCUGUUAUACAAGUUAUUUUUGUUCUGCAUUGUGAGUAUAUAUUUUUAUUAAAAGUUUUUAA